AUGCGCGUCGUGGGGCUCGUAGCGACCGUCAUCUGCGUGCUCUGCGCCGUCAACCACGCGGAGGCGGGUCAGGACAACGUGGCCAAGGUGCGCGUGGCGGCGGACAAUGCGUUCGCCGGCGGAGACAUGAAGACGGCCAUCUCGCUGCUGUCCAAGCUCAUUGAGCUGGAGCCCAAGAACGAGCGCAACUUCUACAAGCGCUUCCGCGCGUACCUGAGCGAGCGCAAGUACUCGCACGCGCUGACGGACCUGUCGUCGUCGCUGGACGUGAACCCCAAGUACAAGCAGGGCAUGCUGCAGCGCGGCAAGCUGCUCAUGAUGCUGGGACAGUGUGCUGAGGCCUCGCAGGACUUCCAGAACCUCGUCGAGUUGUAUCCGAAGGAUACGGCGGGUGCUGAGCAGCUGGACAAGAGCAGGGAGUGCGCGGCUUACAUCGACGAAGCGGAGCGUGCUCACAGCCGCGGAGACUACCAGUCGGCGUACACGUACUUGACCCAGGUGCUGGAAGGCUCGGCCAUCUCGAGCGUUCCGCUGCUGCUGGAGCGCGCGCAGCUGAGCGUGUCGCUGCAGAACCCGUACGAUGCCAUUGCUGACCUCGGCACGAUCCUCAAGCUGGAACCGUCGAACCUGAUCGCGCUGCAGAUGCGUGGCGAGGUGCUGUACUCGCUCGGAGACAAGCAGUCGCUGGAGGCGGCGCAGUCGCACUACCGACAGGGUCUGCACUCGGAUCCUGAGCACAAGGGCAUCAAGACGCUGUACAGGAGACUGAAGAAGGUGCUGAAGUACGUGAGCCGAGCGGAGGAGGCGAUGCAGCGUGGCGCACAUGCUGAAGCCGUGGAAGACUGGCAGGCGGCAUUGGAGGUGGACCCGGACCACGCGGUCAUGAACAAAGACUUCUACCUGCAGCUGUGUACGAGCGAGCUGCAUCUGAAGCACUUCUCGGAGGCUCGUGACGCUUGUGAGAAGGCUGUGAAUAUCGACGAUAACUUCGCUCAGGCAUUCGCCAAGCUGAGCGAGGCGCAGAUUGGGCUCGAGCUGUACGAAGAUGCUGUACGGUCAGCCAAGCGAGCUCACGAGCUGGACGACUCUAGUCGCGACUUUAAGGAGAAGGUGGCUCAGGCCGAAGCUGCCCUCAAGCAGAGCAAGACCAAGAACUACUACAAGAUCCUGGGCGUGGCACGCAACUCGGAGGCCAAGGAGAUCAAGAAGGCGUACCGAAAACAGGCCCUGGAAUGGCACCCGGACAAGCACACGGACAAGGAUGAAGCAGAGCGCGAGGCGGUGGAGAAGCGCUUCCACGAUAUCGCCGAGGCCUACGAGAUCCUGUCGAACGAGGAGACGCGCGCAAUGUACGACCGCGGCGAGGACGUCUCAGGUAACCCGCAGCAGCAACAGCAGCACCGCGGCAACCCCUUCAGCAACGCCCACUUCUUCCAGCAGGGUGCACGCACCUUCCACUUCAACUUCGGAGGCUAG